CAGUCCUCUGCGCUGUCGUCCAAGAAUGGCCGCUGCAGCAGCAGGAAUAAACAAGCAGGGUGCCGUAGCGACGAUGGAGCCCUGUAUCCGACACGGGAGGGGAGCUACUGGAAGCACCGUUAAGGUGCUGGAGUGUGGUGUGUGUGAGGACGUCUUCUCCCUCCAAGGGGACAAGGUCCCUCGUCUCUUGCUCUGUGGACACACAGUGUGCCAUGACUGUCUCACCCGGUUGCCCCUCCAUGGACGAGCUGUCCGCUGCCCCUUCGACAGACAGGUCACAGAGCUGGGGGACUCUGGAGUUUGGGGGCUGAAGAAGAACUUUGCUCUGCUUGAACUCUUGGAGCGACUCCAGAAUGGAGCCUCCAACCAGUCGGGAAUGGCAGAGGACGCCCUGAAAGGCAUGGGAGAAUGCAUCAUUCGGUGCGACGAGGACGAGAGCCACACAGCCUCGAUGUACUGCACCGUGUGUGCCACCCACCUGUGUGCCGAGUGCUCGCAGCUCACCCACUCCACCCGCACGCUGGCCAAACACCGCCGGGUGCCACUGGCUGACAAGCCUCACGAGAAGACCCUGUGCCUGCAGCAUCAGGUCCACGCCAUCGAGUUCGUCUGCCUGGAGGAGGCCUGUCAGUCCGGGCCCCUCAUGUGCUGCGUGUGCAAGGAGUACGGCAAGCACCAGGGACAUAAGCACGCUGUUCUUGAGACGGAAGCGAAUCAGAUCCGUGCAUCCAUCCUGGACAUGGCCCACUGCAUCCGCACCUUCACGGACGAAGUGUCCGAGUACUCGAGGAAGCUGGUGGGCAUCGUGCAGCAGAUAGAAGGCGGAGAGCAGAUAGUAGAGGACGGAGUUGGCAUGGCACACACUGAACAUGUCCCCGGCACGGCAGAGAGCGCGCGCUCCUGCGUCCGAGCUUACUUCGCAGACCUCCACGAGACUCUGUGUCGGCAGGAGGAGAUGGCGCUGAGUGUGGUGGACGCGCACGUCAGGGAGAGGCUGAUCUGGCUGAGGCAGCAGCAGGAGGACAUGACCAUCCUGCUGUCUCAGGUGUCCACCGCCUGCCUGCACUGUGAGAAGACACUCCAACAGGACGACUGCAGAGUCGUGCUGGCAAAGCAGGAGAUCAACUGUUUGCUGGAGACGCUUCAGAAGCAGCAGCAUCAGUUCACAGAGCUGGCAGACCACAUUCAGCUGGACGCCGGCAUCCCCGUCACCUUCACGAAGGACAACCGGGUCCACAUUGGUCCAAAGAUGGAGAUCCGUGUGGUGACGCUUGGGCUCGACGGAGCUGGAAAAACCACCAUCCUCUUCAAGCUGAAACAAGACGAGUUCAUGCAACCCAUCCCAACCAUCGGGUUCAAUGUGGAGACUGUGGAAUAUAAGAACUUAAAGUUCACCAUCUGGGAUGUGGGCGGAAAACAUAAGCUCAGACCUCUCUGGAAACACUAUUACCUGAACACUCAAGCGGUGGUGUUCGUGAUUGACAGCUGCCACAGGGACAGACUGAUGGAGGCUCACAGUGAGCUGGCCAAACUACUGACGGAGAAGGAGCUCAGAGACGCCCUGCUGCUCAUCUUUGCGAACAAACAGGACGUCCCCGGCGCUGCGUCCGUGGAGGAGAUGACGGAGCUGCUGAGCCUACACAAGCUGUGCUGUGGGCGGAGCUGGCACAUUCAGGGCUGCGACGCCCGUAGUGGGAUGGGUCUCCACGAGGGGUUGGACUGGCUUUCCCGACAGCUGGUGGCCGCCGGCGUCCUGGACGUGGCCUAAAGGUCACGCCCUCUUUACAUUGCUGUCUUGGUCCGACCCCCUUAAGGACUGAACCCCCCCCCCAUCCAACCUCUGAGCCCUGCUCAUCAGUUCUCCCACCACUUCCAAACACUAACUCUCCAGACGAGACUGCAGCUUUAAGCCUGCCCUCAUCUUUCCUUCUUUGUGCACGACUGUGGGCAAAGAAAACAAAGAUGUAAAUACUUUCUGUAGCUUCACUGAAACAUGGAAACUACAAAACCUUUAAGUCUGUCGCAGUCGCAGCCAUCACCAGCCACAAAACCUGAGUUCAGACUACAAACUCCCAUCCUGCUUCAGUUCUAAGGCAGCUUACACGGUCUAACCCCUGGCUUACUUUAGUUAGUCUUUGUUCUAACCUUUUCAAGACACGAGCCGUUUCUCUGGCUUCCAUAGCGAGUCCACUUCGGUCCAGUAACUCAUUGAAACUGCUCAUUGUGCCCUGCCAGAGUGGACUCAUGUCAUUCAUCAUAACCACCACUAUAUGUGACAGUAAUCGUAUCUAAAUGCAGAGUAGUCUGUAUUGUAAUGAUAGUAUAAUUUACGUACCUUUUCCUAAUCAUGAAACAAUUACAAAGACCUCUCGGCUAAAUUCAGUAUAUUUGCAGGUACAGAAAUGCUCAGAGGACUUUCUGUAGCUUCAAACUGAGGGUCAAAUGUUCAGAUUUUGGCUGUUUUCUCACUUUGCCUUCACAUCUGAUGUAAGCAAUAGCAGUUGAUGUUUCAUGGGGUCUUUAAAUUAUGUUUUGUUUUUGAGUGUACUGUAUGAACCUAUUUAAAGCCGCAGCUGGUCUCGACGUGGCGCACCAGUACAGCCUCGGUUCGUACGUAGUGUUUUCUGUUACAGAACAAACUGUUUACUGAACUUAUUUAUGAGCGGGAACGUUUGACGUUACUUUAUUACGAGGCUUUUGUGACAAAUCGAGUCUUUACGCACCGAUUCUGCCUCCUGUUUUGUGGAGUGUCUUUGCACGCAGAAUUUGUGGAAUGCACUUGUUUGCUGCCUCACUACCAGUUUUCAUUUGGAAGCAAAUUAACUAUCUGCUGUUUCUUGGUAGAAUAUUAAUCUCACUGCAGAACAAAAUGUCUCGUGGAAAUAUUCCUAUUUAAACAUCUCACAAGUCCCGUUUGUGUCCAGAGUGCAGGUCCACCUGUAAUCAACAGCCUUCAGUAAGUGUAAUGUGAAACCUAGUGAAGCAUUAAGCCUAACAUGGACACUUGUCUUGAAACCAUCAUUUGACUUUGAUUUAAUCUUUAUUCAUUGCUAUGUAAUGUUUACUACUUGUAUCUAUGUAUAAAAAUACAAAUAAAAAAAUGCACGUGUGAAAAGCCUUUCCACAUAGUUUGUGACAACAUUUCCGUUUGUUUUUGAGACGUAGAAGAACAACGCGCGGCAGAGCCUUUGUUACCAGUGGACUUGAUAAUGGCUUUUGUAAAUUAUUCAUAAUGUGAUGCUGUAAAAUAAACUGACUG